GCAGCACUGAAUAGCGACAACGCAAUUCCAUCGCUGUGACCAUACGCUGUUUGAAGCUCAUUUUGAGGUCAUGUUCAAGAGUCCUGUGCUUCUCUUCGACAAGUCGAAACGUCUCGCUGUGAAAUUAGCCAGCUCGGUGGGGACAGGCUUUGCGUACUGGACCGAAAAAUCACCCCUGAAGAAGGAUAUUCGGAUGGCUCUUCGAAAAUACGAUCCCUUGGUGAAUCGGCACGUGAUGUUCUACGAGGUCGCUUUAGGGAAACCUCGGCGUGGCAAAGCCAGACGGCCACAGCAAUUUGCGAGAUGGACCGGAAUUGGCAUUGAGGACAUGGUCAAAAAAGUUGCGCGACAACACGAAAAGCAGGGCUACUUCUGAUGCCCCGGAUGGAAGCUAGUGAUUUGUCAGGUGGUCAUGGGCCAAAAUUGGCCUAAACCCGUCCACAAAACUUCGAGCCGAAUCAGAUCAUUUAAUCAUUUGAUGCAUCAAGAUAGGGAUGUGCAGGCAAUGCAACUGCUGGGGGUCAACCGGUAGGCGCGUGCGUAGCCACCUUUGAUUGACUGUGCCCAACUUUGUGUGAAA